GGGCAGACGACCGUCUGGUGUAGGUGGACGGCCGUCUGGCCCUAACGGCUACACCAUGGACGACCGUCUAGAUGGGGUGGACGGCCGUCUGCCCCCAACGGCUACCCAUGGACGGCCAUAUGCUCUGAACAGAUGGCCAUCUGGUCCCAACGGUCACUGGCGGACAACCAUCUGGCCUAAGUGGACAGCCGCCCGCUAUACUCCCCCCCCUUUUUUUUAG